AUGACGCCUCUAGAUUUUUCUGUGUUGACUGGCCUGGACGUAGGAGGUUGGUCCAUCCCCUAUGAUGAGGACAUGGGCGAGUGGGAGGCUGCCUGGAUGUAUCUAUUGGGGGCUCACCCGCCUGUUGACAGGGUUUCUGGGAGAGUCCGAUACACUUGGUUCUCUUCCCACUGCCGGCGGGCGGAGAUGGUGCCCGAGACUCCUGAGGAAACGGAGCAGUACGCCCGUGGUUUCCUUAUGUUCCUCUUCGGGACUACCCUGUUUGCCGAUAGAGGGAACACAGUCGGGUUAUAUCUGCUGAGCACUCUGGUUGACCUAUCACAGGUCAGUAGAUAUGACUGGGGUGGCGCCGGCCUGGCUACCCUUUACUUUUAUAUGAGCGCGACCUCCCGCGGGCGGGUCGAUUUACUUGGCGGCUACUGGAGAGCCUGGGAGCUAUGGGUCUAUGUAUACUUCCCAGCAUUAGCCCCAGAGUUGGAGGUGGCAGGGCCCCCCAUGACCCCAUAUUCACUAGUGUUCGAGGGCCUGCACCGGCCGAGACCUCGAGAGACCCUCCUUUACCUACGACAGUACUUUGACACUGUGCGACAUUCAGAGGCCCGGGCUCGGGCUGCAGACGCCCCUUCUACUAGUAGGGCUGGUACAUCGAGAGGCGGGGGUAGAUCGGUUCCUCCGACUCCUCCGACUUAUCCUCAUCCUGGAUGGCCGGACAUGCCGUUCGAGUUGACGGGAUGGCGUUUCGGGACUCCUUACCCGAUUACGCUAGAGCCUCCACUUCCUGACCAUAGAUAUGUCAGGGAUCCUGAUUCGCCACCGCCUCCGGUUGAGUAUGUGGACGAGAUUCUCGGGGUGAUGGCCUCGCUUGAGGGCAUGGUCCUUCGGAGAGAGACACAUCUAUCCGCUAUGGGUGCGCAGAUACCUCCUGUAUAUGCUCCGCCGCAGGCCGGGCCACCUGG